AUGCCUCCGCUUAUUGCCUUGCGGUAUCUCGACAGUGAUGUCCUAACUGCAUCGAUCGAAAGGAAGUUGAGCCGAGAGGAGCUGAAAUAUGUAACUCGGAGGUUGUUGCUAGCUCUGAAUACUCUGCACGAGAAAGGCUAUGUGCACUCAGGACGACAAGACAUCAAAACCAACAACAUCUUCUUCAAUUCUCAGGAGGGACCCAACCGCUUCGCUGAUGUUCAGCUCGGUGAUCUGGGCGACUGUUGUACGGUGGACUCAGAGCGGGCUCGAUCUGGAAAGCUUGUGGGUGCGCCUGUGUGGUCUAGUCCAGAGGUUAUCCUAGAGAUGCCUUGGAACACCGCAACAGAUAUAUGGUCGUUUGGUACCGUGGUCAUCAGUCUAAUCUACGGUGGAGAUAGGAAUUUGUUCCAGCCGCAAGAUGUAAAGCGCGGUGAACAAGGGUACCUGUUAGGUGUCCUCGAGCGACAGUUCCGCUAUUUUGGACCCUUUCUUCCACCGUUUAUAGAAAUGGGUGACGGAGGGAUCGCCCAAAUCAUACAGUAUUUGAUGGAAACGAUCCCGUAUGGCGAACUAACACCGUUCGCGUCUGUCACGGAAGGACAAGUGGCGAAGAAGGACAGGAAUUUCAUCUCGAAGAUUAUGCAGCUUGAUUGGAGAGAUCGACCUACGGCCAAAGAACUUUUGGAGGAUGAGUGGUGGCAAGACGACUGA